AUGCAAUGUGCGGUCGUCCUCAUGACUCACCCGCAGGGCGUGGCUCUGGAUGACCUGGUGUACAUCAUGACCCGCAUGGCGCGCCAGAUGGAGGCUGAGGGGAUCGACAAGAUCUUCGCGGCAGCCGAGCAGGCGGCGGCGGCGCUGGAGGAGGCGACGCCGCUGCUGGAGGAGGCCACCCACUUGGCGCGGGAGGUCACCCCCCUGCUGCAGGAGCUGCGGCAGGGCGGGCUGGUCGGAAACCUGGAGCACCUGACAGAGGCGGCGGCGGGCGCGGCGGCAGACAUACAGGCGCUGCAGGCGGCGGUCCUGACUGACGACAACGUGAAGGCGCUGCGCUCGAGUGUGCAGACGCUGUGCCGCACCCUGGAGCACGUGGAGUCCAUAUCAGCCGACAUGGGCGCCUUCAGCCGCGACGCGGGCGUGCAGCGGAACCUCAAGACGCUGAUCCAGGCGCUGUCGCGGAUCAUAGAGGAGUGA